UCACUUCCUGGUAACUCUGCCCCACAAUCCUGCGGGUCCCUCCUGGCUUGGGGCGGAGGGGUAACUAACCUUCCCGGAUGCUGCAAAUCCACUGACUUGUCCUCUUUCUGACGGAGGGACCCACUGUGCAUGGAUGCUGCCUGAGCUGCGUUGAGUGCGGUGCUUCUCUGGCGAUUUACCUCAUUGCUCAGCUGAAGCGAUUUCGAUUGGAGACCGACCAAGAUGAUCGGAGACUUUCUCUUGUUCGGCACCUUGCUGAUGAAUGCAGGAGCUGUGUUGAACUUCAAACUAAAGAGAAAAGAACUGCAAGGUUUUGGUGAAGAUGGACGACAGCUGACGACAGGUGAUAACAUAAGAGAAUUUCUGCUGAGUCUGCGUUACUUCCGGAUCUUCAUUGCCCUGUGGAAUAUCUUCAUGAUGUUCUGUAUGAUUGUGCUCUUUGGAUCUUGAAAGUUAUUAAUGCCUUGGAAAGAAGCAAACCUGGGACCUUCUGUAUUUGGAUACUUUGUCAUUUCUUUGCUUCAUAAAUUACAAUUUUUUCUCUAGAUCAACCCUGAGGUUCGAGCAUGUUUUAGAGUUACACAUGCCCAAGGUCCAGUUCUACAACAGAAAUCAGUUUGACAUUAUCAAUCAAAAGGAAUAUCUAUCCAGAGUUUUCCCACCUUCUUUAGACAGGUAAUUUGUUCAGGAAAUUCCCAAACACUUUAACACUGCAGAGUUGAAAAUGCAGAUUACUGCAUCAUAUUCACAUUGUGUUCUUUUGGGAUCAUGCCAGAGACAAACUGAUGCAGGUCUAAAAUGUCAGCCCUGACACAUUGGAAAUUUGCCAGAAGAAAAAAUAUUUUGAAUAUUAAAAUUUUACUUAAUGGAUAAAAGAAUGCCCUUGCUUUUUUUUUGGAAAUGAAUUUAAAAAACGGUAUGGUUAGGAUUGAACAUUUUAUGCAGUUAACUAGUACUAGCAAUUGAAGUUGAUAUCCAACUGGACUUCACAUGAGCUGUAUACAAGAAUAAAUCAGCCAGUGUGGAAAGUACUGUACCUACCAGUAUCAAUGACUUUAUAUGGUUCAGAAAUAACAGCUGACCCACAGGCUUUGUAAAUGCUGGAGAUGAGAUUUUUCUCUUUUUACACAAUGUUAAAUCCAUGCUCAUCUGUAAUUUGCACAUAAAAUAAAUCUUUUCUCAGUUCCA